UUUGUUUACAGUCAGCAAAGCGAAAGCUGUCAAGUUAUUGCCACGUUUGAGGCUGGCAAGAUGAGUCUGCAGCGCAAGCCCAUGAUGAUCACAGAUCUGGAUCAGAGCGAUGAGGACAGAAACAAAGCCAAGGCGGCGGCGGCGCCAGUCAGUUCCACACAGCCCAAGCGACAGCGUAAAGUGCUGCAGACGCUCUCAGGGAACUUUAGUCGCAGAUCGCGCAGCGUUGAGGUUGAGCAGCGCCAGCAACCGCCGCCGCCCAGUGCUGGCAAGAAGAAGCCUCAGCAGCAGGAGCGCACACUCAACGCCCUGCUGCAGGCUAAGGAUGAGCAGCUGGAGCAACUGCUGCAGCGCCUGGCCAUGCUGCACAAGUAUAACGAACAGUUUGCCAAGGAGAACGAGCAGCUGCGACAGCAGAGCACGCAGCUGGAGCGACGUCUGGCGCAGACGCAGCAGCAGCUGGACAGUUGCGCCAGCUGUGAGCAGCUGAAGCAGCAGCUGCAGCUGCGAGAGGAACAGCGCCUGGAGCUGCACAACGAUGUGGAUAUGCUCAAGACGCUGGUCUUUCGCCUCAAUGUGCAAAUCGAAAGCUAUCAGGAUCAGCGACGCAGUGGCGAGCAGCAGCCGGAGCCAGCGCCCAGCACAGUGCCCGAGUGGAGCAGUGGGAAGCUGCCCACGCAUACGUUGAUGCCGCUGCUGCAGGCCUAUGACGAAUCACUGCGGGAUAAGGAUUCGUUGCUGGCGCAGUAUGCGGCGGACUUUGAGCUGUUCGCCGGCGAGCUGAAGCAGGCGCUGGAGGAGAAUACGCGUCUGCUGCAGUCGCAGGAGCAGCUGCGUCGCGAUGUGGGCAACUGGGCGGAGGAGCGAGUGCGUCUGCAGGCGCAGCUGGGCGUCUGCCGCAGCAAGGCGGAGGCGCAGACGCGCAAAACGGAUUUGGCCAAGGAGAAACUGGUCGAGGUCAUGCAUUUCUAUGAGCAGCGCAAUCAGACGCUUAUCCUGGACAUGAAUCAUCUGCAGGAUGCGUAUGCACGCUGCAAAGCAGAGGUGGUGGCCAUUAAGAGCAUGCCCACGCCGGAGCCAUCGCCGAAGGUGGCGCCGGCAGUGACCGGCCAGCCCAGUCUCGAGUCGGAGGCAGUGCAGCAGUGCAAGCAGCUGCUGGAGGAACUGAAGCAGGAGCAUGCGCGUGAACGUGCCACACAGCAGGAGCAGCUGCAGACGAGUCAGACGCGUGCGGCUUCGGCUCUGCGCAGCGCGGAGAAAGCGAAACACGCACGGGAUCGAUUGAAGGCGCGACUGCGCAUGACGCUGCAGUGGGCACAGAAGCUGGAGGCAGGUCAGGCCGAGAUGCGCGAUACCUACGAUGCAGUGCAGCAUUUGAGCACGCUGCUCAAGCACAAGGAGUCGCAGCUGCGCGGCCUGCAGUCGCGCAAUACAGAGGAGGUGGAGAAACUGCGUCAGAAACUGGAGCAAAAGGAUGAGACUAUCAAGAAUCUGCUGCGUAGCAAGCUGGAGCGACGCAGCGCCGUGGAUUAA